AUGUCAACUUCUGAUCAAAAAGUGAGUUAGGGUUACUGUAGCACCCCAAAUAUAAUUUCAGUAAAUCCUGUUUUGAUUUCAGGCCGCAGAUAAGCUAAGAAAGAAAUCAGCGAAAGAACUGGAAGAGAUGGCCACUGCUCGAGCAAAAGGACCAAUGUCGGCAGAAUCAGUUGAUGAGCCGGUGGCAUUGGUUUCAUGUCCAAGCGAAACAUCGAUGAACAAACUGAACAAUGACUUGAAGAAGGUGCCAAUUGUCAAAGAUUUCAACUCUGCCGAAAAUCAUUUAGAAGAUCCGGACAAGAAAAAAUGA